UGGAUGGCGGUUCACGGCGCGCUGCAGAGAAGCGUAGUGGCCCCCACGGGAAGGCAUUCCGCCUCAGUCAUCUUUCUCCACGGUUCAGGUGAUACUGGCCAAGGAAUAAGAGCCUGGAUCAAGCAAGUUUUGAAUCAAGAUUUGUCUUUCCAGCAUAUAAAAGUCCUUUAUCCAACAGCUCCUGCCAGACCAUACACACCUAUGAGAGGGUCCUUGUCCACUGUGUGGUUUGACAGAUAUAAGAUCUCUAAUGAUUGCCCAGAACAUAUUGAAACCAUUGACUCGAUGUGUCAAGACCUUACGGGUUUGAUUGAUGAUGAAGUUAAAAAUGGCAUCAGGAAGAACAGGAUACUCUUGGGUGGUUUUUCAAUGGGAGGAGGCAUGGCAAUGCAUUUAGCGUAUAGGUAUCACCAAGAUGUGGCUGGAGUGUUUGCUCUUUCAAGCUUUCUCAACAAGAACUCUGCUGUCUACCAGGCAUUGACAAAGAAUGAAAGAGAACUCCCAGAAUUAUUUCAGUGCCAUGGAACUGUUGAUGAACUAGUUUUGCAUUCGUGGGGUGAAGACACCAACAGAAUGUUGAAAUCGCUGGGAGUACCAACAGCAUUUCUUAGUAUUCCAAACCUUUAUCAUGAACUGAACAAAAGUGAGCUAGAAAAACUGCAAGCUUGGAUUUUGAAGAAACUGCCAGAGAAGCCAAAUGACGAAUGACUAGUAAAGGGAAAGUACUGUGUGUCUGAAAUACGUAACUACCAUUUCACAUAGAGAUUUCUGUGUUCCAUUACUUUUAACCUUUAUAUCAUGAUUACUCCGUUAACAGAAACACUUUUAAAAACUAGCGAAAUGAGAUUUUAAAAGUUGCUGUAAAUAUUUCAUGAAUGGUUUGUUUAUGUGCAUCAGGAGAUAUGAAAUGUGGUCAAAAGGGCCAUCAAGUCACAGCUGACUUAUGGUGACCCCCCCCCCCCCGUAGGACAGGAAUCCCCAACCUGGUACCCGUGGGCUCUGUGGUGCCCGCAAAGUGUUUUUAGAAAGUGGGUGGGGCCAGUUAGGGCUAUUAGUCAUU